AUGGCGACCAACAAAUCUGCCAGCGUCAAAGCCCACCCUUUCUUGACUCUUCAGCCACAGGAAGUAUUCGCAACAGCGGAGAUCAUCCGAAAAGUACACUCUGAAAAAACCGUUAUUUUCCGCAUUGUUGCAAUCAAAGAACCAAAUCGGGCAGAGGCCGUGAAAUACCUGGAGGCUGAGCGCAAGAAGCUGCCCCUCCCUACAGUACCGCGCCGCACGUACGUCACCUACCAGUUCCAAGGACAAGUUGAUGCCUGGGAAGAUAUCGUUGACCUGGAUACGGGGUCUGUCGUCGAAAGCAAGAAACUACCUCCAGGAGUUCACCCGGCUGCAUCCCAAGAUGAUAUGCGCGAUGUGCAAGAACUCGUCAUGACGGAUGAGCUUGUGCUCAAGGAGAUAGAACGUCUCAAGCUCCCAGCGGGCUCCAAAGUGGUCCCGGAAGCCUGGCCGUACGGAAAAGAGUCGAGGGACGUGGAUGUGAAGCAGUAUCAGAUUUGGUUUUUCUUGGGCUCCCUGGAUGAAAAGAACUUGGCCCAUCCUUCGUCCAACCAUUUUGCACACCCCCUUGAUUUCUCCGCGGUUGUGGACGAUCUGACCCGUAAGGUGAUCAGAAUCGAUAGGUUACCAAUGGGGGUAGGCCUGAACUCCUAUUCUACCAAUGAUGAACCCUAUCAGCCGCAGACGGAUGCUGAGUAUGCCACCGAGCUCCAACCCUCCAUACGCAAAGAUCUGAAGCCCAUACACAUUUCGCAACCCGAAGGCGUGAGUUUCACAGUAGAGAACGACCAGGUCAUCAACUGGCAGAAGUGGCGUUUCCAUCUCGAUUUCAACUGGCGCGAGGGGACGGUGUUGAGAGACGUCACGUAUGAUGGAAGACCAGUAUUCUACCGGCUCUCACUUGCAGAGAUGACAGUUCCAUACGCGGAUCCGCGUCCGCCUUUCCACCGCAAGUGUGCAUACGAUCUCGGCGAAGGAGGUGCGGGUAACACGGCAAACAACCUCGCACUGGGAUGCGAUUGCCUAGGCGCCAUCCGUUACUUCACCCGUUGGGUCAGCGAUGCUCAAGGCCGCCCUGAAGUAAGAGAGAACUGCAUCUGCAUGCAUGAGGUCGACGCAGGCAUUGGUUGGAAACACACCAAUUAUCGCAAUGGUCGUGCCGAGGUCACUAGAAACCGGGAGCUGGUUAUUCAGACUAUUAUGACCAUCUCCAACUACGAGUAUAUCCUGAUCUGGACGCUCGACACAGCCGCUGCUAUUCACUAUGAGAUCCGCGCCACUGGCAUCAUGUCUGUAGUACCUAUGCGUCAAGGUGUCGAGCAUGACUUGGACUAUGGAAUCAUGGUAGCGCCGGGAGUCAUGGCUCCAUCCCACCAGCAUAUAUUCAGUUUACGUCUCGACCCUGCAAUCGACGGAUAUGAUGACUCGGUCAUUCAAUACGAAGACUCGGUCCGCAGGCCCUUUGAGCCAAAGACCAACCCCUUCGGAGUCGCCUACGGCAUCGAGGUCAACCCUGUGAAACACAGCAGCUUCAUCGACCUAGACGCGAGCAGGAACCGCAUAGUCAAGUUUGUAAACGACAAGAAGACGAACAAAGUCACGGGCAAACCUCCAGGAUACGGCAUCCACGUCCCCGUCACACAACUGCAACUCUCACACCCUUCGUCGACGAAUCACCGACGCGCUGGGUUCUCUGAUCACCACUAUUAUUUCACCAAGCAGAGCGAGAACGAGCUGUAUCCCUCGGGCGACUAUCCAUGGCAGUCUUUCGGUGGCGAUGGGGUACGUCAGUGGGCGCAGCGGGACGUUGAGCUUGGCAACGCAGGUGUUGCGUGGUGCAACUUUGGCUUCACGCACAAUCCACGGCCAGAAGAUUGGCCCGUCAUGCCCUGCGAGGUCUUCCGGGUUGCGAUCAAGCCUAGCAAUUUUUUCACUCAGAAUCCAGCCCUGGACAUGCCUGCCAGCACUCAAGUGGUAAACAAGAGCACACUCGUGACUGGUGACGACCAGAGUGAGUGCUGUUCACGCAGCAACGGUGUCGCUUCAUAG